GGCGGACGAAGACAUCGACCUCAAGACUUUUCAAUCCACAUAGCAGAAAAGAUGUCCGACGCUGGAGAUGACAUUCAAGUUGACGCCCCGGAGGUCGAGGUCACCACCGACGCCCCCAAGGGAAAGCUCUCUGUCGAGGAAGCCCUUCAACAAGUUUUGAAGAACGCCCUCGUUCACGACGGUCUCGCUCGUGGUCUCCGCGAGUGUGCCAAGGCACUCGACAAGCGCCAGGCUCACCUGUGCGUCCUCGUCGAGACCUGCACCGAGGCCGAGUACAUCAAGCUCAUUGAAGCCCUCUGCGCUGAGCACAAAAUCAACCUCAUCAAGGUCGGAGACGCCAAGGUCCUCGGUACCUGGGCCGGCCUUUGCAAGCUUGACCGUGAAGGCAACCCCCGAAAAGUUGUUGGAUGCAGCUGUGUCGUUGUUAAGGAGUAUGGCGUUGAGAGCGAGGGUCUCCAUGUCCUCCUUGAUUACUUCAAGAACCGAUAAGCUGUACCAUUCAAUCUCGAACUGUUGUAAUAUGUACAAUCCAACAUGAAAGAUUAGCGUCACAUCCC